CAUCACAUGUUUGAUUUGGCGGAUCAUUUUUUUUUCGAUAAAAAUUCCAAUAUUUUGAAUCGAUAAUGAAUAAUCUACGUUUAUUAUUAAAUUCAUCAUCACAAUUGUUUUCUCAAAUCAAUAAUGCAAUAGUUCCAACAUUGAUUCCGGUCAGAUUUCGUCGUGUAUUCCCAAUAAUUCGUGGUGCACCUAGGCCACUACCACCAAAUAUAGUUCGGCCAGAAUCUUCCAAAUAUAAUUGGAUACCAAUCUAUCCAUUAGAUAAUAAAUAUACGAUUAAACCACUCAAAAUAAAAAAACUUGGUGGUCGUCAUCCAGAAACUGGACGAGUUGUAGUAAAAACUAUUGGUGGAGGAAAUAAGAAAUACUUUCGCUGGAUCGAUUAUGAACGUCAUGUUAAUCCAGAUGGGUCACCACGAGAGGAAAAAGUUUUCAACAUACGAUAUGAUCCUUUAAGAUCUACAAAAUUAGCAUUAGUUGCUGGAGGUGAUCGUGUCCGUUGGAUCGUAGCCACGGAGAAAAUGCAAAUUGGUGAUAUUAUCCGUACUUAUUCAGAUAUACCACGCAAUCCUAUUCGACCACGUGAAGCUGAUUCUCAUCCUAUUGGUGCAUUACCCAUUGGUACUAAAGUUCAUAAUGUUCAAAUAAUACCAAAUGAACCGAAAACAACCAUACUUUAUGCUGGUCAAUAUGCUGAAUUGAUUCGACGUGUUGGCCGUCGUAAUUAUCUUGUUGAAAGCAGAGGAAAACGUGAAUUUUGUAUUGAUCAAACUUGUAUGGUUACAGUCGGUUGUUGCUCAAAUCCUUAUCACGAUGAAAUUGAUCUUAUGUGUCCUCAACGAAGACGUUGGUUGGGAAAGCGACCAAAAUCAGGUGCCUGGCACAAAAAAGAUGGAUAUUGUGGCAGGAAAAUCCAUCCACCGAAACCUGUACGUGAUCAUUUUUCUACAGCAAUGAUGUUGCAAAAAUCUGGUCAAACAAUGUCGGAAAUAACGAAAGAAAAGCAAAAAGAAUUCUAUGUUAUUGAAUGAAAAUUAUUGCCCUUUUAUUAUUAUUAUUAAUAUAAUUGUUGUUGGCCCAAUCGCAAUUACAAACAGUUUGUUUGAUUGCUAAUAGAAAUAUUAAAAUUUGUCAAAUUUUAUCUUGUUUUAAUAGCAAUACAAUUUGACAAUUGUCAUUUGA